GCCAAUCACACAUAUUCAGCAGUAACGCGCUUCUCAGUCAAAUUAAAAAUUAACAAAAUGUUCAAGUACAUCGCCUUCGUCCUUUUGGUCCUGGCUGCCGUCGCCCGUGCUGAGCCCAAACCCAGCGUGUUCGCGUACACAGCGCCCGUGGUCGCCGCCGCGCCUUCAGCUGCCAUCUACACCCGUGAGUACCAUGGCAACUUUGCGGCGCCCUACCUGGCUUCACCCUACGUGGCACCAGCACCGUACUUCGCCUCGCCCUACGCAGCUUCACCGUAUUACGCGUCGCCUUACGCUCCUGCCUACACCGCACCGCUUUUGUUGAAGAAGUGA